AUUCGGUUGUCGUUGAGCAAAUUCCAAAUAAACACGUCAAUCUUAUCACGUCGAUUAAAAUUCCUUUAAAAAGUCAUUUUAAAAAAAUAAGAAAAUUGCAAUUGAAAUACUGGUUGUGAAUCAAGUAAAACGUGUUGUUUUUGUUCAGUUUAACGUUUAAAAAUUGACUUUAUUUCUUUAUUAAAGUGAACGAAAAAACUUUAGUGCAAAAUCAGUGGUGAAAUUGAGUCAAAAGUGAAUUUAUAGCGUAAGGAAAAAAUUUAAAUUUGAAACUAGCCGAAAGCAGAAAAUCCGUUGUACUCGGAAGUGGGGGAAGAGUGGCGAGUACCAGGAUCUCCCGCUGGAGCACCGAUUCUUCUCGGCCCAAGCCUGUUCACGUCUACUGCUGUUCGUUCUCGCGCCCAGCAAAAGUGUUUUCCAAGUGAUCUCGCUUUUCUACAUCGACCAGGGACUACUCGGAAAUCAGACAAGAAUGCCUUCACAAGAGAAUUAUGCACCAAACCGCCUCAGUGCGUUUAAAAAUAAAGGCAAAGAUUCUGAGGAGUUGCGUCGACGGAGAAAUGAAGUUAGCAUUGAAUUGAGAAAGGCGAAGAAAGAUGAUCAACUUGCAAAAAGGCGUAAUAUACACAUCGAUGAUGAACCUUUGAGCCCGUUGCAGGAGUCCACUAGCAACUCCCCACCGAUCACGAUCGAAGACAUUUUUGCGAAGCUUUACAGCAAUGAUGAAAAUGUACAACUUCAAGCAACACAGGCUGCCAGAAAAAUUCUAAGCCGAGAGAAAAAUCCACCUAUUGAUGUUCUCAUCGACGCCGUUCCAAGAUUUAUCGAAUUCCUGACAUAUUCACACAACCCGACGUUGCAGUUUGAAAGUACAUGGGCCCUUACAAAUGUCGCAUCUGGUAAUUCAAAUCAAACAAUGGCUGUUGUUAACGGAGGUGCAAUUCCGAAAUUUGUCGCUCUCCUAAAAUCCCCACAUCUGCACAUCGCUGAGCAAGCGGUCUGGGCACUUGGAAACAUUGCUGGCGAUGGCCCCAAAACAAGGGAUCUCGUAUUACAUUGUAAUGCCAUGCCGGCCAUCCUUGAGCUUAUCAAGCCAGACACAAGCAUUCCUGUCCUAAGAAACAUCGUCUGGACUUUGUCAAACCUCUGCCGAAACAAAAAUCCACCACCGAAUUUCAACACUGUAAAAAUAUGCUUGCCUUACCUCUGCAAGCUUCUUUCUUAUGAUGACAAAGAAGUUUUGGGAGAUGCUUGCUGGGCGUUGUCCUAUUUGUCAGAUGGAACAAAUGGCAGAAUACAAGCUGUAGUUGACACAGGAAUUGUUGCAAGACUUGUCGAACUUUUAUCAAGCAGUGAUUUUACGGUACUUACACCUGCUUUGAGAACUGUUGGAAAUAUUGUCAGCGGGACCGAUGUACAAACUGAUGCUAUUAUUAAUGCUGGAGGUUUACAACCUCUUGCACUUCUCCUGCAACACCCUAAAAACAAUAUGGUUAAGGAAGCUGCUUGGACCAUUUCAAACAUAACAGCCGGUAACGUCGAACAGAUUGAACAUGUCAUCAAUGCAAACAUACUUCCUCCUCUACUUGAUGUUCUGAGAAAGGGUGAUUUGAAAUCCCAGAAAGAAGCAGCAUGGGCUGUCACAAAUCUAACAUCUGGUGGAAGCCCACAGCAAGUCGCCAGUCUUAUUUGCCAUGGAGUGAUUCCCCACCUGUGCUACAUCUUGGACAGCAAGGAAUGUAAGAUAGUUAAUCUUGCUCUGGAUGCCCUCGCUAACAUCUUACAGGUUGCGCAGAACAAUAACGAGCUCGAUAGGAUUGCCCUAAUGGUACAAGAGAGUGGAGGAGUCGACAAGAUUGAAGAUUUACAACAGCAUGAAAAUGAACAGAUUUACAACAAGUGUGCAACCAUUAUUGAUAAAUACUUCAACACAUUGGAUGAAGACGACGGCCAGCCCUAUGUACCGAACCUUUCAAACGAGCAACUCGAGUUCUGUGCAAACACAAGUGUACCGCAGGGUGGAUUUUCAUUCCAGUAAUGAUCUUUUAUACUCCUCUAUUGUGAUUGUUUUCCUUACCUGUCUAUUGAUGCGACCACGUCACAUAGUUACAAAACUGGUGGUGUUCAACAGGUUGCACAUUUUUCUUACAAAAAUAAAAUCCUGUUAAUUCAGCCUUAGUUUACAACUUU